AUGCCGCCCUCCCUCAACACACACGCUUCCUUCACCCGCCCUCGGACUGGCGACCGCGAGGGCCGCCCUGUCACCCGCGAUCAGGCCGACGGCAACCUCAUUAUCCCGAGCCGGACCUCGUCUCUUCACUCGCGCAUCACGCAGCCGAUUCCCUCCACCCUCAACAUGAAGCCACAGCAAAGGACGCCCAAGACCCUUACUCAUGCCUACAUGGUCUGCGGCGUCGGCCGCGAGCCGUCGCAGUGGGUGAAGGCCCCAACGCCCGUGCAGGGAAAGAUCGGCCACAUGAAGGGCGCCGUCCCCCAGUUCUGGCUCCCCGAAAUCUUGGGGAGCAGCCCAAGGCUAGAGCAGGACAAUGAGAUUGCCCGGGCUCUGCACGCUGCGAUGAGGGCCUGCUUUCCCCAUGACGUCGAGAUAUGUACCGGCCGCAGCCAGCCGCACUGCGUCCAUCACGCUUUCGUACUGCAGCAGGAUUCGUCUCAUACGCUCUACGGUAUCUGCCUGCGAGUUUGGUCGCGCGCCGACGAGAAGAGGGCUGAGACCAUCCGGGAGCUGAGGAAGAGGACCGAGCCCGACUUCUACGACAACCCAGAGGAGCAGUACUGGAUUCCUUACUGCUUGUCCUUCCUCUCCCGCUACCCUCUGUACAACCUGCUCGGCGACUAUCUCCGUGGCAUGUGGAUCCACUGGAACAAGGCUACUAAUCUGUUCCACGCUGAGGAGGUAUCCCGCAUCUUGAGCUUCCCGGCUCCGCGUCUGAACGACCUUGUUCGGAUCGAUAUGAAGGACUACGCUCUUUGCUACCAGUUCCCAUCCUCACCAACCGGCUUCCAGAACUUUGCUAUGUGGCCGCUGUUCUGCUGUCUGUCUAUCCCCAACAUUGUUGGCGUCAUCGAGGCCGCCAUAUCUCCUACGCGCCGUAUCAUCUUCGUCAGCCAUUACCCGGCCAUGCUGACAAUGGCCGCCGAGACGGUCCGGUUCUGCGUUCGAGUCUACGAGUGGAGCGGCCUUUACGUCCCGGUUGUCCAUGCCCGCCAUGCCAAGGACCUAGUCGAGGAGCCCGGUCCGUACAUCCUCGGUAUCACCGCCGAGUGCAGGUCGCUAUUCACUGCGCCGACAGAUGCUCUCGUGGUGGACCUCGACCGUAAUUUUGUUCUCACCUCGAAUCCGCCGACCGCCCUCCAACCCGGCCAGCGCAACAAGUUCGUCACCAGACUCACCCAGGCUCUCAACGGCGAUGUCACGCCUUCUGGUGUGCCCCAGCACCUUCGCUCGGCAUAUGGGGGCGGAAAGCUGGUGCCCGCCGGCCAGAUCAUCGUUAUGCGCGGUGAGGUGGAAUGCAUUCAGGAUCCCGAGUGGUGGAACCAGGAUGCCGUCAUGGCCGUCAUGGACCACGUUUGCGAGAAGAUGGGUCGUAACACUGGUUUGAAGGCUGUGUUUGGCGGGUCCGUUAAGAAGCCGCUGAUGACCAAGGUCUCGAUGAGGCAUCUCAACGAGAUUGUGCGCGAGCGGAACCAGUACUCGAGAGAUGCCUUGGAGGCGUGGCAGGACUUUAUCAACCUUAAGGGCAGGUUGGACACAGAGCUCAGCAAGGUUACGAAGCGGAACAACUACCUCGUUGAGGAGUUGGAAAGCUGGAAGCAGCAGUUCCUCAAAUUCCAAGCCUUUGCCGAUACCCUCACCAAGGAGACUCAGGACCUCAAGGUCAAGAUUGAUGGGCACAAGCGCGAAAACCGCCGUCUUGCUGGUCUCCUCGAGCAGCAAAAGGACGACGCCACCAGGCUUUCAGUCCGGCUUGCUGGCACCGAGAAGCAGCGUGACGACGCUCUGGAGGCUCUUGUUCUCCAGCAGGAGAUCGCUGAGGAGCUCGAGAGGGAGCGCAAGAGGAACAGGAAGGAGCUCAGCGCUCUGCAGCACACCAACGUGACGAUAUCCCGGCAACGUGAUGAGGCCCGCCGCGUCGUUCUGCACCUGCGCAGCUUGAUCGCGGGCCAGCACCAUCACAUGGAGCAUCUGGUCAAGACGCUGACGUCGCCCGAAGAGCUGGCUGCCGAGAUUGAGGCCGGCUUUGCCGCGCAGGAGGAGGCUGAGGCUGCCGCCAUCGCUGAACAGGAAGGUGUGGGCGAGAACGACGCCCGCUUCAUCAAGAACCUGCAGCUGGCGAGCAGGCGCAUUUCGACCCAGACGUUCAUUGACGUGGCCGACCGACACCUCAAGGACAAGACGGACGCCAUCGCCCACAUCAUCCGCAACAUUGCGGAACAGUGCCAGGCCGCUGUGGAAGGCCUGCAACUCGCCCAAGACGCCGAGCUCGGGAGGCCGCAAUCGCCGGCUUCUAGAGCUCGGGACUUUUCAAAAAGCAGGAGAGGGAGUUCUCUCUCAGUCGCACACAGUGACGACGGCAACGGCACCUCGUCGGCGGCCACGUCCGAUGUCGGUGACGAUAGCGGCAGCACCACCACCACCACCACGCGCCUCCGACCCAACAGCGGCCGCAUCUCCAGCAUUCCGCCCACACCGGAUCUCAUUCCCAACCGCAGCAGCACUAGCAUGUCUAUCGCGAGCACCGCGGCCACGACCCCUGAGCGAACCUCCGCGCAGUAUCUCCUCCUCGGAGGCCGCCACGGCCACGGUCACAGUGCCGGCUCGGACGGACACUCCGUAUCCGGACAUGGACACGCCGUCCACGACAUCCCCACGAAGAUUGUCGAGGACGACGAGGACGUCGAUGACCUCGCCGCUCACCACGAUGAGCACGGCAUCGGAGCUCACGAGUCCGAGUCAAACCCCAUCCCCAUGCCCCCCGGCAACCCCGCCGCCUUGGGCGACAAGGCCGAUGUCCACCAACACCAACAGGGCCUCGUGGGUAAGCAGCCGGAGAGCCUGAUUCAUCGGCCAUCGGGGGCCAGGAUCAGUGCGCUUGGGGGUGGGCGCUAG